GACGAAGGUUUGCAAAUUAGGGCUGUUGCAGAGAUAGAGAGAGAGAGCGCGCGCAAUCGGAAUCGGAGAAUUAGGGCUUGAGGUUUGGUAAUUGCAAAAUUGGAGGAGAAUUGAAGAAUGGGUUCUUCUUCGGUGAUAAGCCCAGAAGAUGUAUUGGAGUCUCUAAUGAACGACGGCACCAUUGACUCUCUCAGAUUGAAGAUCAUCAACCAGCUCAAAGCCAAUGAAGAGCUGAAGAGCACGACAAUCAAAAUGGCGGAGCAAAGCCGAGUUCUCAACACUCCCGGGGCCGAGAAGCAGACGAAGAGAGAGCUGUUUGAUGCUCUGAGGCAGGAGCUUGAGACCCAAGUGCUGGAGAAGGCUUCCAAGUCUGUUUGGGAGUUGAUUUUGGAUAACAAUGGAAUGGGAAAGGAAAUCAAUCAAACUGUUGAAAGGGUGUUCUGCAAGCUCAGCGGCCGCGAACCGCCCCUGUUUCCUCCUCAACAAGAUGCCGAUGCCGAUGCCGAUGUCAAUGUUAAGGGCAAUACCAAUGCCAAUGCUAAUGUUAAGGAUAAUGCCAAUGCCAAUACUAAUGCUAAUGCCAAGGGAAAGGGGAAGGCGAAUGGGAAAGGAAAAGUGAAGGGGAAGGGGAAGGGGAAAGAGAAGGCAAAGGAAGCGGCGAGUGAACAAGUUGAAGCCAAGCCUGAGGAGGAGAAGUCGAAUUCAAAGAAGAGGAGUUUCAGUGAAGUGAAUGCACAAGGAGAAGGAGAUGGAGAACCUCCUGUAAGGUUGGACCUAAAAGUUGAAGCCAAGCCUGAAGUUGAAGCCAUGCCUCAAGAAGGUCCUGUAGCUAUGGCGGAAGACCCUCAAGUUUGAAGAGUUGGAGUUUGCUGAUUCAAGCCACAUUGUUGAUGCGGUAGGAGCUACUGGUUCAAAUCUUGCAGUGUCUUGGUUCUGCACCAUGUAUGAUCUUGUAUUCUUGAAACUUUAAUGUCUAGUUAUGGUGUCAAUAUUUUCACGGUAGGAGAAAUGACUGACCCAAGUAGAGUGUGUUGCUGAGCUAUCCUUUUUACUUUUUUAACUUCCAGGUAGAUGAGACUAUGCUUCUACAUUGGCAUUCUCUAUAUUUCUGGCACUGUGAUUUGGGUCUUUCAUAUUGUAACAGAAAGCAAUUUAUCAGAUGUGCCCCUGUAUAUAUAUGAUUCUUUUU